AUGUACAAUUUUGUAAAAAUAUUUCAAUCUAAUUUUAUUGAUAUAAAUAAAUUGAGCAAAUUUGAAAUAUUUUUAAAGACAAUAUUUCGAAUUUAUAGUUCUCCUGGAAGAACACAUUUAUUAGCUCAUGCUGCUGAUAUAUCAGCUAAAUAUGCAGUGAGAAAAAUAUAUGAAUAUAUGAGAACUGAUGAAGAAGGGAUUAGGAUAUUAAAAGAGAAACCUUUAUUAAUACGUCAAGAUAUAUGUUUUAAUGAAUUAAAGAAGUUACCAAAAAAUACAUUAGGUUAUAAAUAUAUGGAAUUUUUAGAAACUUAUAAAUUACAUGCACAUGAUAGAGAAGUUUCACAUUUUAUAAAAGAUAUAAACGAAUCUUAUAUAUUAACAAGAUAUAGACAAAUUCAUGAUAUAGCUCAUGUAGUAUAUAAUUUAAAUAUAUCAAUAGAAGCAGAAGCAGCAUUAAAAUUAAUCGAAUUAAUACAAACAAAAUUACCUAUAACAUUACUUGCAAUUUUAAUAGCACCAUUUAUGACACCUUUAUAUAGGUUCCAAUAUAUAUUUGAGCAUAAUAUUCCUUCUAAUUUUUUAUGUCCUAAUUUUGAUUAUACAUAUAAUGAUGCUUAUAAUUAUAUUGAUGAAAUGUCUUUAAAACAAUAUGAAUAUUAUUUAACUGAUUAUUUUCAUGUAGAAAAAAGAGAAAGCCCAUCCUUUUAUUACAAAUUAUAUAAAUAUUAUUUCGAUAACUUAAAUAAUUCUUCACAUGUUAGAGGUUCAAUUAUAUAUGGAUAUCAAAAUAAUAAUUAUAAUGAUAUACAUUAUGACAAAUUAAAUAAUGAAUAUAUAUACUUAAAAAAUAAUAUUAAAAAUUAUUUUCAUUUCCAAUAUAAACCAAGAAAAUUACUAUUAACAAAUUUAUAUCCAUGGGCUUAUAAAACUGCAAUACAAACAAACAAACCAUUACAUUCAAUAUAUGUAGAAAAAUGGUUUGAUAAAGAUAUUGAUUUGUUUAGAAAGAAAUAUAACAUAACUCCUCUACCAUCCAACUUAAACUUGAUGGCCGGCAUUAAUUAA